UCAGCCAGGUGAACGGCAGCCAAGACAGGUUGGCAAACAUUAAAAAAUUAAAUUUGUUAAAUUUAAAUUGUGGAUUAUACACACAGUCAAGAGUCAGGCCAUAAGCCCAAAGUGGAAAAUUUUAAAGACAAGCGCAACUGAAGAGCCGUCAAAAUGAAGCGAGGCAAACGCUGGCUGUUCAUGACAGCGACAGUGCUGCUGCUGGGCGUGCUAUCCUCAACAGAUGCUGCGCUGCCCUUCAAGAAGGUCUCCAUUGCCAAAACACCCGCCACAAAAUCCAAAGCUAGCAGCACCACCACCACCAGCACCACGACAACAGAGCCUGAAACUGAAACAGAGCAAGAGGAGCAACUACCACCCACUGCGGAGGCUGAAGAGCCAAAGGCGGCCAACAGCAGCCUGUCCAAGAACUCGAAGCUAACAGGCAUACCGCAAAUUGAUUAUAUCUGGGAUCCAAAUUUGCCGCGUGAGCUGCAUGGCUACAAUCUCUCGAGCUACCCUUUCUUGUCUACUGUGCCAACUCCGGAUGAGAUACACUUUAAGUGCGAGGGUCUUCACGACGGCUUCUAUGCCUCGAUUGAGUACAAAUGCCAGAUCUAUCAUCACUGCGUCUAUGGCAUCCGACACGAUUUUCUUUGCGCGAACUUCACCGCCUUUGAUCAGCGCACAUUCAUCUGCCACUUUGCCUCGGAUGUGGACUGUGAGGGCUCGCAGAAGUAUUGGAACCGCAACGAUGAGCUCUAUAUGGCCACCACAACAUCCUCGACGAGUACAACAACUACAACAACAGUAGCGCCACCGCCAACGCAGCUGCGACGACGAGCUCAGCGUCCCUACCGCAGACGUCGCCCCGUGGAUGAUUACUACUAUGAGGAUGAGUUGGAGGAGGAUUACUAUGAGGAGCGCCGACGACAGAAGCCGCGUGCACGUCCAAGGAAGCCGCAAGUGCAGCUGGACUACGACGAUGAGUACGAGGAUAAGCCCGCGCUGGCGGAAGAGAAGCCGCCGCGACGCAAUCGCAAUCGCUACAGAGAAGAGGAUGCGCUAAGUGAGGAGGACUAUGAGGAUCAACGCCAGCGACGACGGGGCAAGCCCACGCCACGUGGCAAGCUGCCACGCCAGCCAGCGCGCGUUGAUGAGCGACGCAGCUUCAACGAAGAGGAGCCAAGACGUGGAGCGACGGGCAGACGUCGCAGCAGCGACAAACGCACAACGCCGUCCACAGCAUCUGUGCUGGAUGAAUUGGAUGAGUACGAGAAGCCCUACGGCCUAGAUCAGGAGGAGGCGGCCGAGGAGCAGACACCACAGAAGGUCAAGACCACACCCAAGCCACUGACUGAGUAUAUAACACCCAAAGCGGCUGCCGCCUCGGUUUAUGCCAGACCGCGUGCCCCACCACGCAUUGCCCGACCCGUGCCCAUCAAUGAGAAGCAAAAGUAUUCGUAUCCAGUGCAAAAGAAUACGGCAACCACGCCCAGCAGCCUAGAGGAGGACCCAGAAGACGAUUACGCAGCGCCCGAGCAGGACUAUGAACAGCCAGCUCCACGUAGACGCACUGCAGCUAAGUCAGCGCCCACGCGUAGCACGUUACGCAAGCCUGUAACAGACAAGAAGCCGCUGCUCAAUGAGGACUACUACGAGGAGGAAGCGUCAGUGACGCCGCCAAGACGCAAACGUCCGCAGGCGCAAACGUCCAGCCGAGCACGUGCGCCCGCCGCUGAUGUGGACUUUGUGGAUGAAGCAGAUUAUGAGGAAACGCCUGCAGCGCGACCAGCGGCAAGCGCCACACGUGCUCCGAUCAGACCACGGAACAAAGCUGUGCCCGCACGCAAGCUUGCACCCAGACCCAGACAACCCACAGCCGCCGAGCAAGACCCAGAGCCAGAGCAACCUCAACCACAACCACAACAGCGCACACGCAGCAAUGCCUUGACGCCAGCGAGACGCAAUCAGAAGUUGGCGCUAGCUGCGCGACAACGUUCGAAAACAACAGCAGCUCCGCCACUGCCACUGGAGCCAGAGGAGGAGCAGGAAGAGGAGCAGCCAGAGCAGCAGCAGCCAGCAGCUGUGGAGCCCGAGGAGGAGCCAGUGGCACCAUUGAAGCCACUACGCAACGCCUCGGUACGUGUCGUUAAGCGUCCCUUCUUGCCCUCUCGCGGCGGCAGUCCCUAUUUGCCACGCGGUCUGCAGCCCGUGGGCUUGGCACAGCUAAAGACCACGCCCAGUCCACCACCAGCGCCCAGCACAGAGAGCACACCCAUAGACAUGGGCUCGACCAUAUCGGGUGUGCGUCUGCUGGAGCACGGUGCGCCGCUGCUGCGUGGCGAUAGCGGCACGCCCACUACGCCCGCUCCGCCGCCGCCGCCGGCACCGCCGCGCUCCGUCAAGCUGCAGCUCGACGAGCUGUAUGAGAAUGACUACGACGUGACGCUAAACGACGCGCUAGAUCCUACGCUUAAACCGCUUACACCACAGCAACCACAUCAACAUCAUCAUCAGCAGCAUCAGCUUCAGCUGCAACCACUGCGUUCAUAUGCUCCAGCUCCUGCCGCUCCACCUGGCUAUAAUCCAUUCUAUCAAAAGGCCAACAUCUAUCAGCAUCAGCAUCAGCAUCUCAAUCAAUCACCCUCCAUCGCAUCCUCCGCUUCGCAAUUGCAAUCGCAGUCACCGUCACAGUCGCAGUCGCUGUCACAGUCACAGCUAUCAUCAGCUAACAACUAUCACAGUGAUUCCUAUUUCUCAUCGACAGAUAUACGCCGGCGCGCAGUCGCUCCGGCGCAAAACAACGCGCGUUCGCAUCGAUACGAAUACACUCCCCGGGCCGGAGAAGCACUGAGCCAACAACAACAACAUCAACAACAACCGCAACAACAAGCUGCCAGACACGCCCCAUUGGGCGCUCAGCAUUUCUAUGAUGACUUUACAUAUUAGUCUGUAAAACAACAAGUCUCUUCAGCUGUAUAUACAACUUUUAACAACUAUAAGGCCUCCCCGACAACGUCUAUGCUACUCUAAACUUUUGAUAGACUUUAGUCGUUUAUCCGCAAGCUAAUUAUAAAACACUCCUUUUCUUAGUUAAAGUUAUAGCGGUAAAAACAAAAGCAAGUUGCGUUUAAAUUUUUUAAACAAAAACCUAUAUAAAUAUUGUAAAAUACUCAAUUGUCGUGAUAGUAGUCGAGACAAAAUCCAGCAAAAUAAUAACAAUUUGAAUAUUUUGUCUUCAACAAGAGAAAAAAAAAAAAGCAAAAUAACAA